UUCGUGACGACAGCAGUCAGCAGGAGCUCGCGCUGUGUUUGACAGAUGUUCCGAAGUGACAAACCUUCUCGUUGAACACUGGAGGUCUGAUUGGAGACAGCGGUGUGUGUCUGGAUCUUUACCCGGCAUAGAGGAGCGAGACCACCGCGAAAACAUGUCGGCUGACAGGGCGACGAGUCCGUGCAACAAAUUCCAAGCGAAUAUUUUUAAUAAAAGUAAAUGUCAGAACUGCUUCAAACCCCGAGAGCUUCAUCUGCUGAACGACCACGACAAGGAGCAGGUGAAGCCAGUUUAUGGAGGCUGGCUGUGUUUGGCUCCAGAGGGGACAGACUUUGAAAACCCCGUACAGAGGUCCAGGAAAUGGCAGCGACGCUUCUUCAUCCUGUAUGAAGAUGGCAGUUUGAGCUUCGCACUGGAUGAACUGCCGAGCACCCUUCCUCAGGGGACCAUGAACCUUAAUCUGUGCUCAGAAGUCAGUGAUGCAGAAACCAAGACGGGUCAGAGAAAUGCUCUGUGCAUCACUACACCGCAACAGGAGGUCUUUAUCAGAGGAGACACAAAAGAGAUCAUUAACGGGUGGAGUGAUCAGCUGGCUGUCUUUCUGCGCACCAACAAACAGAACCAGAAGAAGAAACGUAAAGUGGAGCCUGUAACCUCCCAGGAGCCGAGUCCAGCAAAGAUGGCUGCCAAAGAUCAAAGUUUCCUGAUCUUAGGGAGUCCUGCAGAGUCCAGCUCAGGUGAACGGUCUCCCAGCCCGGGUCCUGCAUGCAGGGAAUCUGGACUUUUGCGUGAUCAUGUGCGCUCUUUGGACCUGCUGAGCAGCAGAAACACGGGCGCAGUCAAGGACGACAUGUCGAACAACAUCAAAACGAACAACAAGAGCCAGGACAAAAGUCAUGGCGACUUCUCAGAAAGGCUGCUGGGAUAUGACGAGCUGGAAGAAGGGUCAGCUGUUCCUAGGAAGAGCAGGAAAGAAAGUCGCACCAACAAACGAGAGAAGCUUCAGUCGUGUGGAGACAUCAACCAGCUCUGUGCCCCCCCACCUCAGAGGAGGACCAGGUCUCUGGAUCGCAGGACGACAGACACCAUCAUGACGCCAGAUUUAUUAAACUUUAAAAAAGGCUGGAUGGCCAAACUGGAUGAAAAUGAGCAGCCAAAGAAAUAUUGGUUUGUUCUUUCGAUGAACAGUCUGAGAUUCUACAGGGACUCUUUAGCUGAGGAGUCCUCAGAUCUUGAAGGAGAAAUCAAGCUUACAAAGUGUUUUAAGGUGUCUGAAUUUCAUGUUCAGAGAAACUACGGCUUCCAGAUCCAUACUCCUGAUGGCGUCUUCACUCUGUCGACCAUGACAGCAGGGAUGCGCAGGAGCUGGAUCCAGGCUCUGAUGAGGAACGUUCAUCCCGCUAACACACCUGAUGUCACCAGUUUACCUGGACUCCAGGUCUCAUCUGAGCACCUCCUUAGACCGGACCUGACUCAUGACUCCUCAUCAGCAGAGAAAGAUGAGAUCAAACACGUCUGUGUGACGCAGAGACGAAGAGAAGGACGAUACAGAACCUUCGACUGGGUCGGGUUCAGGUCUCAGGACUCUAACCCUGAGACUAAAGCGUGUCAGGACACUCAGAGUAAACCGGGUCAGGAACCGGACGCUCAGAGGACAGAAGCUGAGAGCUCUGAGGAGAGGAGGAGGAGUAGGGAGGAGAGGAGAAGGAGAUACGAGAGCGUUCUGGGCUUCACUUUGAGUCCAGAGUCCCAGCAGAGGACGGAGGAGGAGGAGGUAGAGGAGUGCUGGAGAAAGGUGGAGACGAGUUUCUUCAGAUCAGAGAACAGUGUUCCUGUUUUCUCAGAAAGCAGGGACUCUGAGGAGCAGCUGGAACAGUUCAGGACCAUGGUGGAGGAUCUAAAGGCUCAGCUGGAGGAGUCAGAGCGUCUCAGACUGAAGCUGGAGGAUGAACUUAGAGCAGGAACCAAUCGUCAGCUGGAACCUCCUCUGAGUUCAGACGCAGAAACACUGAGAGAAAGCAGCGAGAGAUCGCAGCAGCAGAACGUCAUCGGACAGGAACAUCCUCCUUUGACACCCAGGAUCCUGCUGCAUGACUCCGAGGGAAACCUGAGGGAGCUUCUUCAUACAGACCCCACACCUUCCACAUCAUCUGCACCAUCAUCCUCGCCUUCAUCACCCAGCGAAGGUCACACUGCAGAGACUCUUUUAGACGUAAAAACAACAAGCCUGCAGACUGAUCCACACGGAUUCUGUGAGCAGCUUCAAAACAAACAGUAUGGAUCAUCAAUACCUGAUCAACCUGCAGGGACUGAUGACACCUCUCUGUACGCUUGUGUGGAGCAUCACAUUCCUGCAGACCCGGAGGUGCUGAGAAGGCUCACACAGGAGGUACAGCAACUGCUCAGCCAGAAGGAGACACUGAACCAGAGGAACCAGGAACUGCUGAACCAGGUGACAGAGGCAGACUGCGAGAUCGAACGUCUGAGGGCGGAGCUCAGCAGGAAGCUCACUCAAUCCCGACACCUCCCUGAUGAAGAGCCUCAUAUCCUCCCUGCUGAUGAACCACACCACCUCCCUGAUGAAGAGCCUCAUAUCCUCCCUGCUGAUGAACCACACCACCUUCCUGAUGAAGAGCCUCGUCUCCUCCCUGCUGAUGAACCACACCACCUUCCUGAUGAAGAGCCUCGUCUCCUCCCUGCUGAUGAACCGCACCACCUUCCUGAUGAAGAGCCUCGUCUCCUCCCUGCUGAUGAACCACACCACCUUCCAGAUAAAGAGCCUCGUCUCCUCCCUGCUGAUGAACCGCACCACCUCCGUGACGAAGAGUCACACCACCUCCCAGAUGAAGAGCCUCGUCUCCUCCCUGCUGAUGAACGGCACAACCUCCAUGAUGAAGAGUCACAGCACCUCCCUGAUGAAGAGCCACAACUCAUCCCUUCUGAUGAACAACACCACCUCCUUGAUGAAGAGGAGCAUCAGGGAGGAUCAUGGGUGGUGGAUCUUCAGUUGGAGCUAGGCCUGAAGAGCCAGGAGCUCCUGGAGGCUCAGAGUCUGAUCUCGUCACUGGAGGAGAGUCUGAGGGAGACUAGGGAGCUGCUGCAGCUGAACCAGGCUGCAGAGAAAGGGGAGGAUCUUAAGGAGGGUGGCAAGGAAGAGGAGAGACACUACCUUCAGUGUUUGGAUGAAUCUGAGCUGACAGAGUUUAAAAUGCAACUCAACCAAACAGAGCAGACCUGUGAGGAGGCUGAUGAACUUUACCAUCUAUCAGUUGCAGGGGCGGAGCUCGAUAUCAGGGGGCAGAGUCACACAGAUGAAGAGAGCAGCAGGGUUUUAGGUCCUGAUGAAAAAAAGAUCCAGAGAGUGAUGUCGGGUAUGAUGAUGAGGAUGAUGGCCUUGGAUCGAUUCCUGGAGGUGAUAGAUGAGGUGGAUGUUAGCUGUAGUGAGGAAGGGGAGGAGCUAACGAUGAAAAGUCAGCUGAAGAUGGAGGAGGCGUUCUGGAGUUCAGUGAUCAAAAAACUGGAAUCAGAUCAUUCUGAUCUCCAGGAACAGAAACCGGAAGGGAAGCUUUUCAGAGAGGUGACGGAGCAGUUGAUGGUGGAGAAACAGAUGCUGCUUUUAGGGCUCGGUCUAAUACAUGAAACAGGUGCAUGCUCAAAGGAAGACAGAGACGCUUUCACACGCCUGGAUUUAAUCUGGAGGAAAAAUGAAAGCAGGAGAUCUGAGAAAAAACAUUUAAGAGACGUCACACGGAUGAAAAUUACUUUGCUUAACCUUAUUGCCGCCUCCAUCAGCUCCUCUCUCAGCUCCUCCGUCAGCUCCUCCACACUGGACGGACUCCGGCUGGUAGCAAACAGACACUCCAACUCUUACCUGUCUGAUUCGUUCUGGUUCGGUCUGAUUCUCUCUGCAGCCUCCGAAGCUCUGUCCUGCUGCUUUUUAAACCUUCAGUGUAAAUUUGAGGGAAAACUCAAAGAAACCAAAAACACUCUUCUGACUUCUUCUUUUCUCUGCACAAGCUGUGUCGAGCUGAUGAAAGAAAACCACGAGUUAAGAGCCCAACUGUCCAACAGAGAAGAAGAGUCAUCAUCACUGAGAGAACUGUUGGACUCGGGUUGUCAGACAGCUGAGACCCCAACACAGGACUCCGAAAGUGAAUUACAGGCUCAAUAUGACAGUGUGUCAGAGGAAAAUGUCCAUCAGACAGCAGAGGAGGAGGGGUUUGAUUUAGUAUCUCCUUCAUGUGGUAAAGAUGGGGAAAGAGUGGUGCAGGAAACAGAAAGAGAAAAAUCCACACAAACAGACCCGAGCUCAGAGACAGACGAGGUUUUACUGCUGAGAGAACGAGUGAAGGAGCUUGAGGAGCAGCUGUCCAUCAUGCAGGAAAUGAGACAGAGGUUUGAUGGGAAACUGAAUUCUGUUCAGAUGCAACAUGAGAGAGAGAUGGAGAGACUGAAGGCUAACUUUAAGCUGGGUUUCGCCUCCAUGGAGGAGUCUCACCUGAAGGAGGUAGAGGAGCUGCAGCGUCAACACCAACAGGAAGUGGAGCGCCUCCUGAUGGAGAGAGACAUUCUGCUAGAGGAGGAGAGCGCUGCAACAGCAACCGCUAUCGAGGCAAUAAAGAAUGCGCACCGUGUGGAGCUGCAGAGGGAGGAGCAGAAGAGACGUCAGUGUGAGAGCAGCUCAGGUAACACUCACCUGGAGGACAUUUACAGACGACACAGGGAGGAGCUGGCCUCCUCUCACAGGGAGCUUCAGGUUCUCUCUCAGCAGUUCUCUCUUAGGUGUUUGGAGGUUGGUCAUCUUGUUCAGGCUCUGGAUGCAGAGAGGAAGGCUCUGAGCGUGUGUCAGCAGGAGAACCAGCACCUGAGGACAAGGAACCAGGAGCUCAGCGCUCACCUGGCUGCAGAGAUCAACAGACUGUGUUCUCAGGUGAAGCAGGACAACCUGCCGGUCAGUCAGAGGAUGGAAGAGUACGAGAUGGAGAUUACGCUGAUAGUGAAGGAGUCUGAAGUUCAGAGUCUAAAGCAAGAGACGACGUCUCUGAAGGACGAACUGCAGGCAGCUCAGAGGGACAAGAGGAACGCCACCAAGAAAUACAAAGAAAUGUUCACCCAGCUUAGCGUCCUGAGGGCCAAAACGGAUCGAGAGACGAAUGAACUGCGGGAAAACCUGAGGCUUGCACACCGUGCUCUGGACCAGACUACAUCCUGAAAACAAUACUUCACUAGUGCUAACUAGAGAACCUUUUUAUCUUGGCCCACAAUCUAUUUAAUAACUUUAUUUAAACAUGUUACAAUGUUAUGUAUUUUUUUUCAAUAAAUCCAUGAAAUGUCAUAAAACAACUUCACACUCCUUUUUUCACCUCAGCAUUUUUUAAGAAAAUAAAGAUGUUAAUAAUGUCUGUCUGUUAUUUCCUACGGAAGCCUUAGACAGACAUACAUCAAUUAAUUUUAUUUAACUCAGUUUUCCUGGGAUAAUUAGUAAUUUUCACAUGUUUUCUUGAGAUUUCGAUUCAUUUUUCUCAUUAGCUCAUCGGGAUAACAACACUGGUUUUCCCUUGAUAAAGAAAAGUGUUAUCAUGAAAAUACAAGACAAAAUGUCAAGAUAUUCAGAAAAAGAAUUAAGUAAAAGUUCAGUAUAGGGUUAAGUAACAGUUUUGAUGCAUGUCCCUUUAGAUCUUCCGCAAUAUUCUGCCUUUCUGUUAUUGUGAACCUUUUUGACAUCUAAAAUUACCUGAAAACUGCUGUGAAUAUGCAAUUAAUUUAAUUCUAUUUAUAGAAGUUU